GGCCCGCCUGAGCCCCGCCUCCUUGCUUCCCAAGCUCCCAGCCACAGCUGCUGUCACAACCGGCGGGGAGCUCACUGGCUGCCACAGAAUCACUGAGGCAGGUGAAGUUGGCGGAGGGGGCCGCUUGUACUCUGUUACAUUUGAGACUGUGCUACAUGCAUGAAGUACAACCACUGCAUCAAUACAUACACACGACUGUCGGAGAAAUCCGACAGUAUCUUAGUUGUAUUUUAGCACCAACAAGCAGAGUAGAGGUGCACUGUGACUGUAAACACCCAGAGUGAGGGAGAAGACGUCAAGCCACAUAGAGCAAAAUGUUGAUGCAAACAAGACAGUUGGUGGUGAGAGCUGCUAGGGUGCCGGGUAGCAUGUGCCUGGCUGCUGCUCUUACCCCUCGAGUCACCAGCAGUCGCUCCUUCAAGACUGUUGUCUCAACACACCCCAGCCUGGUGGUGCCCCAAGGAUCCCUGCCACUCCUCCUUCAUGUCAGAGACUUCCACUCAAGAAAGUUCUCUCGGAAUGUAGAGUUCUUCACUGCCAGUGAUGCUCCUCUCCCGAAGAACACAAUGCAGGUUGCCCCUUCCUUAGGGAGUGGUGAGCGUCCACUGACACUCCUGUUCUGCUGGUUGAUGGCCAAAGAACGUCACAUCAAGAAGUACGCACAGAUGUACACUAAUAUGGGCAUUGACGUCCUCAAAGUCAGAAUAUCUCCAUUUGAUCUUCUGCGUCCCACCAAGGGAUCACAGAUUGCAGCAGAACAAGUGCUCAACUUCCUGCAUGCCAACCCCUCAUACAGCUCCCUGAUGGUGCACGGGCUGAGUGUUGGUGCUUACCUCUUCAUGGAGGUGCUGGGCAAGAUUGACCAGGACAUGAAGAAGCACGGACACUUGCUAAACCGCUUUGUGGCUCAGAUAUGGGAUAGUGCUGUGGACAUGUAUGGCAUCCCUGAUGGUGUGCCAAGGGCCAUCACCAACAAUGUCAGCCUGCAGAGGAACAUUAAGAAAUAUCUCUUGUGGUACUUGAGGGCCCACUACAACACUGCCACCAUCCACUAUGAGAGUGCCAGUGUCAAGAUGCACGAGAAUUUUGUUGGAGUUCCAGGCCUUUUCUUCUUCUCCGACAACGACCCUGUUUCGACCCCAGAGAUGAAUGCUGUGGUGUACAAGAAGUGGGAAGCCAAAAACAUUCCAGUGUAUACAAGACUAUGGGAGGGCUCUCCACACGUCAGCCAUUACCUGAGGUAUCGCAAGGAGUAUGAGGCAGAAGUGAUGGCCUUCAUGGAGCGUGUUGGCUUCAUUGAGUCAGCAACCAGGCAGCGUGCCACCUCCGUCUGAAGCUCUAACACAGUGGCAAUGCUGCCUUAUCACUUCUAGCUCUUACACUUGUGAAGGAACAUCUCUUUAUCAACCUAUGAAACUUUUUAGGCUUCCUUCAUUUCUUGAUGAGACUCCUUAUCAAUGUGUGGUCUCAUAUAUAGCACAAGGGAGCACCAUACCAAAGAGUGUCAUGUUCAAGAGUCAAAAAUGUGUCUCACAUCACCUUGCUGAGAUUCAUUGUAAAGACUGUGGAGACUUUUUGAUAUAAAUUUAUUCUUUUUACAAGUGUAGGUGGUGAUUUUGUGGCAUUUUAUGUUUUAUUAUUAUUAUUAUUAUUAUUAUUAUUAUUAUUGUUAUGAAUCCUAUUUCUUUUAUUAGCAACAUAGCCAUUUAGUUGCUUACAAGUUGGGCUUCAAAAUUAAAUGCUUAAGAGUUAUCAAAAACAUUACAUAAGUUUCCCCAUUCCUCCUCCUCUCCAUCAUUCCCCUGUCUUCACCCUCGGUCUGCUAGUGUCCUCCACCUUUGUUACCAUGAGAUGAAACUUAUAAUUUCUCUGUUAAACUGUCAUGACACAAAAAUUGUAACCCAAAUGUUUGCCACAAUUGGUUUGCUCCAGCACACAUGGAAAUGUUAUCCAAGAAAAAAAUUUCACAAAAGAAUAUGAACAAGUGAAAAAGGUAAAUAUAACCACAUACCCUUAAAAGGUAAAUGAAUUGUAGUAGAUCCGGACUGACUUGGUACUUGAGGUGUUGGCUUUAGCCAUUCACACUGUUGUCACUUCAAUCUUGGAGUAAACUGACUCUGGACCAGCAGAUUGUGGUUUGAGGAUUCAUUUGUCAAGGAUACUGGGAGACCAGUGCCACACAACUUCUAUGUGUUGCCAUGUGUACUGGAGGAUAUACAGCAUCAUUCUUCCAUCAUCAAAUGGAAACCCAUUGAAAAAAACAUGCAGUUGUAUACAACAAUAUACGAUAUUAGAAUUAUUAAGGCCAAGGAUGACAUUAUGAGUAAAAUAGAGAGAUGUUCAUGUGCCUAUCAACUGUGAACAUGACAACAAUGCAGGACAGGUACAGCCAACACCCCGAGUAGCAAGAAAGGCUGGAUUCGCUAUAGUUAUGUAAUUGGCAUCGUUUCACAUAGAAUGAAUUCAUUCUAUGAUAUUUUAUGAACUCUUUAAAACUUGAUAUUUCUUUGUAGUUUUAUUAUGAUAUGGCCUGGUGUAGAAAGGUGAUCUACAGAUGAAGGUAUUAAACUUUCAACUCUAUAGUCAUAAAUAAGUAGCACAUCUAAGCAUGCACCAAAUUUCUAUUUUAUCUAGAUUUUAUGGGGUGGGAAGUCUGAACAACUCAGAAUCCUGGAUAUACACAAAGUAAACUUUUUACGUGCUAUAAGCACUCCAUUGUUACUACAUUGUUAUUAUAGCAAUCUUCAAUGAAAUGUAAUGAGUAUAUAAAACCUUUAAAACCAUUACAGAAUGUUGGGAAUAAUAAAAAAGACAUUAUGC